AUGGUGCAUACAAGGAGUUUCAAGUUCUUGGCAGCUUGGCUUACAGAUAAUAGAUUCACUGAGUUGGUUAGAAGAAGCUUUGAAGGUAAGGUUAACUGGCUGGAUGCUAUGGACCAAUUUGAGGCAGAUGUGAGAGUUUGGCAUCAGGGAGUGUUCAAGGAGCAUAAUAAGAAGAAAAACAGACUUUACUCUCGGCUGAAUGGAUUGGAUUCUUUUAGAUAUGGUAGAUUUGAUCACAAUACUGAAUUACUGCAAAAGGAUUUAUGGAGGGAGCUUCAGGCCAUCCUUGUUCGAGAAGAACUGAUGUGGUUUCAAAGAUCUAGGAAUCAAUGGUUAAAGUUUGGAGAUAAAAACUCCAAGUUCUUUCAUGCCUCAGCUGUUGCUAGGAGAAGACAUAAUAGGAUUGUGGCUUUAAAAGAUGAUCAGGGUAACUGGAUUUCAGAUACUGACCUGCUGGUUAACAUGGCCACUGAUUUCUACCAGAAUCUGUUCAAAUCUGAGGGGGAGAGAGAGGGCAGCUUUCCUAUACAGAAUAAAUUUCCAGAGUUAUCCAACUCAGAGAAGAGACUACUGUCCUGUGCCCCUUCUAGAGAAGAAAUUAGGAGAACUAUGUUUUUGAUGGGGAAGUUCAAAGCCCCUGGCCCGGAUGGUUUGAGUGUUAUUUUCAUCCAAAGUCAGUGGGAGACUAUUUGUGUGUCUAUUUGUGAGCUGAUUGAGGGAAUCUUCUCUGACCCUAAGAAGGUGAGGAGUGUUAAUGGGACCCUAAUUUGCUUAAUCCCUAAAAAGGAGAGUCCUGAAAAUAUGAAGGAGUUUAGGCCCAUUAGUCUUUGCAAUGUAGUGUAA